GCAACAAUAAGGGUUUCUUUGGAGCUCGCGUUUCUCCUCACUCACCCCAUUUUUCUCUUUGCAGCUGCGAAGAGAUUCAGAGAGAGACGCAGGUAGAGAUAGAAUCCCGACUCUGUCUCUAUCUGUCGACAACAAUCGAACAUCCUCCAUCUCAAUCCUCUCCGUUUUCUCCGCCAUCAACGAUUCUUUCUGUCUUAAUCUCUCUUUCUCCCUCUCCUAAUCCCUCUCUUUGACGCUCAACAACGAAUUCCUCGGUCGAGUUAUGCAGGAAGAUAAGUCGGUGAUAAGUUUGAGACCAGGUGGUGGCGGUGGCGUUCGUGGAAGCAGAUUUGCUACUACUCGCUUCGAUUCAUCCUCUGCCGAUUCUUCGUCGCUUCGUCCUCAUGGCGGCGUUACGUUAACCCUUAAGACUGGAGAUCUACGGUUUGAAGGUCGUGAGCGAAUCCAGUACACUCGAGACCAGAUUCUGCAGCUUAGAGAGGUUGCAACAGUCCCUGAGGAUAUCUUGAAGGUCAAAUUAGAAGUCGAGACAGAGAUUUUUGGGGAGGAUCAAACAUGGGCUCGUGCUGAAAACAUUCAGCAAUCGCAAUCUCAAGGUCGUUACUUUGAGCCAGACAAUCGAGAUUGGCGUGGUCGAUCUGGGCAGUUACCUGCCUCUGCAGAGGAAGGAUCUUGGGAUGCAAUUCGUGAGGAUAAGGAUUUAUCAGGUCAAUCUCAGUCGAGGUUGCAUGACUCUAAUAAUAGGAGUCAAGCUUCUGGUAACCAAGGGGUUGGUACUGCACCUGCUCUCAUCAAGGCCGACGUUCCUUGGUCAGUUAGAAGAGGUAAUAUCUCAGAAAAGGAACGUGUUUUGAAGACAGUGAAAGGUAUACUUAAUAAGUUGACUCCAGAAAAGUUCGACGUACUGAUGGGUCAACUGAUUGACUCUGGAAUUGUGUCCGCUGAUAUUUUGAAGGACGUUAUAUCACUUUUAUUUGAGAAGGCCGUGUUUGAGCCCACAUUUUGCCCUAUGUAUGCACUUUUGUGCUCUGACCUUAAUGACAAGCUUCCUCCAUUCCCAUCUGAUGUUCCUGGAGAGAAAGAUAUCACUUUUAAACGUGUUCUUUUAAACAUUUGCCAAGAGGCAUUUGAAGGUGCUGAGCACAUAAGGGCAGAAAUCGGGCGGCUGACUGAUCCUGAGCAUGAAAUGGAAAGAAGAGAUAAGGAAAGAAUGGUUAAGCUUCGAACUCUUGGAAACAUUCGCCUGAUAGGUGAGCUUCUUAAACAGAAGAUGGUGACUGAAAGGAUUGUUCACCAUAUUGUUCUGGAGCUGUUGGGGUCCGACAAUAACAUAUGCCCUGCUGAGGAGAAUGUCGAGGCUAUUUGUCAGUUUUUUAACACAAUUGGCAAGCAGAUGGAUGAAAGCCCAAAAUCUCGGCGGGUCAAUGAUGUAUAUUUCAGCCGGUUGAAGGAGCUCGCUGCAAACACUCAACUAGCACCUAGGUUGAGAUUUAUGGUCCGUGAUGUUCUUGAUUUACGGGCCAAUAAUUGGGUUCCUAGGCGUGAAGAGGUGAAAGCAAAAACCAUCACUGAAAUUCAUUCAGAGGCUGAGAAGAAUCUAGGGCUUCGUCCCGGUUCAAUGGCAAUGAUGAGAAAUGGCCGUAAUGCAGAGGCACUUGGGGGACUAAGUCCUGCUGGAUUUCCUGUUGCUCGUCCUGGCUUUGGAGGUAUGAUGCCUGGAAUGCCUCCUGGAACGAGGAAAAUGCCUGGACUUGAUUCGGACGAUUGGGAGGUGGUUCCUAGAUCCCGAUCAAUGCCAAGGGGCGAGCGUGCCCAGACGCCAUUAAUUGGCAAAACACCUUCCAUUAAUUCAAAAUAUCUACCUCAGGGAAGUGGUGGUGUAAUAACUGGGAAAACAAGCGCCUUGCUACAGGGCAGUGCUGCAUCUCCUGCACGAACAAGUCCCACGCCUGGAAUCCAACCCGUCGCUCACAACGCUAGACCAGUUCCUCCAGUUGCAUCCACCAUAUCCUCUCCUCAGAAGCAAACAGCUCCUGCUGUUGUAUCCAAUUCUGCUGAUCUUCACAAAAAAACCGUUUCACUGCUCGAGGAAUACUUUAGUGUACGGAUUCUCGAUGAAGCGCUACUGUGUGUUGAGGAGCUAAAAUCUCCAGCAUAUCACCCCGAGGUUGUUAAAGAAUCUCUUACCAUAGCACUUGAAAAGAUUCCACCAUGUGUAGACCCAGUUGUUAAGCUUCUUGACCACCUGCUUCACAAGAAUGUCUUCACUGCAAAGGAUAUCGGUACCGGGUGCCUUCUUUACGGGUCCAUGAUGGAUGAUAUAGGCAUCGAUUAUCCGAACGUGCCAAACUUUUUCGGUGAUACCCUCGGGAAGUUAAUAUUGAUCGGGGGUUUGGAUUUUUCAGUCGUGAAGGAGAUCCUGGAGAAGCUCGAAGAUAACUAUUUCCAGAAGUCCAUUUUUGGUAGUGUUAUGAAGAUCCUCAACUCGAGCCCUUCUGGAGAAGGAAUUCUGGCAACUCAAAGUGUUGAAAUCCAAGCAUGUGAGAAUUUACUUGCGUGAAUUGGGUCAUGUGGGAUUCAUUUCCCAUUACGUUUUUGAUUAAAUAUUUUCGUUUCGUCACGAAAGACGUUUAACCGAUCCGUUUUAUUGAGCUGUACAUUUCUUCUUUUUUCGAGUUCUACCAUCAACUUUGUUAAGUAAUUAGGAGCUUGCUUGGAUUUCUCUCGCUUCCCCGUCGAAGUCGUCUCGGGUGGCAUGAGAAUGACAGGAAUUCAGGUUUCAGUUUUUACAUUAGAUUUUGAAUUAUGAUGUCAAAUACAUUGCUUGUUGUACUUUAGAGCCCUUAAAUCGCCCCUCAGCUUUACCACUC